GUAGAUAUCUAAGUAAAAGUUAAAAAACAUGUACGGACAUAACCAUAUCAUUUACUUUAAACUUUAGAUAUCAUAUGAUCAUAUGUUAUACUAUAGUUAUAGAUCUAUAUUAAAUCUAUAUAUUAUUAAUGGUAAAAUAAAAUGGAUACAAAGAGACUAUAACAGAACAGUUGGAUCAUACUAUUUGCUCUUGCUCUACUAUUUCUAGUGGUGGAAACAUUGGGUUAAAAAUGACUCACUCUGCAGAGGAUAUACAUAAACAAUUUCAAAGGGAGUUUACAGUUGGUGCAUCUAAAGGACAGUCAUCGUCAGGCAUAAGAAGAGCCAUUUCUCCAGGAGAAGUAAAAAAAAACACAUUGAUUUCACCUGUUAGACCCCACUCUCAAACAUCAAAUCCUCUUCAGCAAGCAGGUGUUAGAUACAUUACUGAAGAUCUAAUCAGGAAGAUUUCUAAGGAAUCCAACUUGGAUCUUGUUACAUCCCUCAACUUAACAUUAUCUAAAGAGGGAGGAAAGAAAAUCAAGUACAUAGAAAAUUUGGAUCGACUGAGAAAGCUACAGACAUUGAACUUAAGUUACAACAUCAUAGAGAAGAUGGAAAAUCUGGAUAAACUUUUACGUCUUCAAGAUCUAAAUCUUUCAAAUAAUAUGAUCACAAAAAUUGAAGGGAUAGAAAAUAUGUCUUCUCUUCAGAUAUUAAAUUUGAAUGAUAACCUGAUAGAACACAUUCCACAGUGGUUUUGUAAAAAACUGAAGGCCCUCAGAACUUUUAAAAUAGCAAGGAAUAAAAUCAAAUCGCUUUCAGAAAUUGCUAAAUUGAAGCCAUUGCCUGAUUUAAUACAACUAGAUGUCACUGGCAAUCAUCUAAUCUCACUGCCAUAUUAUAGAUUGUACAUAAUAUUUCACCUGCGUACUGUUGAAACUCUUGAUAGCCAGCAUGUUCAUGAUAAAGAAAGGAAACAAGCUCAGGAAAGAUUUUCCAACGAUGAAGUAAUACUAUUAGAGAAAAAACUGGAAGAAGAAGAAUUCAAAUAUAGACAACUGCAAGAUUCACACAGCAAAUCGUUGCAAGAAAAGUCUUUGCAAGAAACAUCGCAGCAUCAGUUGGAAUCCAAAGAAAGAAAUUUGCGAGACAAAUUAAAACAAUUAGAAGAAGAACUUGCUGCUAAGGAUGAACUUCUAAAAAGGAAAACUUCUGAUUUGAAUAAAGCCAGUCAAAAGCAUUAUCAACUUGAACAAGAAUUAGCUUUCUAUAAAAUUGACUCCAAAUUUGAUACUCUCAAAGAAGCUCCAAACCUACAUCUAGAAAGUGCUGAUGAAAGCUCUGAUUUUCAAGAAAGCCCAUAUAUAGGCCGUGCUCGCUUUAGGGUCAAUAAGUAUGCCCAAGAAACUGAUAUAUCUGUAAGACCACAGAAAGCUCACAUGAUAAAUAUUGGUAAAUCUUUUAGUGAUAAUCAAGCAUUCCAACACUCACAAGAAGAGCAUACCAAAACAGAUGUUGAAAAAGAAUUAAAUAAAAAGCAAAAAGAACUACAGAAAACUGAAGAAAAGCUGAAAGCCUUGCAGUCUGACCAGUGGAAAACAGAGAGUAUGUUAAGGAAUGCCACAACAGCAUUGAAAAAAAUAGCAACUGACCGAUUUACUCCAGAAUCAUUUCAAGUUGAUAAUAAAUAUAAACUACCUCAAAUUUUGACUAAGAAGAUGCAAAAGGUCAAUGAACUGAGAGAUACUGCUACUCAAAUGGAGUCUGAAAUUGACAGAACACAGGCAAUCUUGGUCAAAAAUACAAACGGACUACAGAAAUUGAAAUCUCAGCUGGCUGCAAUGGAUAUUAACAGUCCUCUACAUGCAUCAAAAGAAAAAGAUAUUGUAGAAAAAGAAUCACAAGUCAACAGGAUGAAGGAAAAAAUGAACAAACUUCAGCAAGAGCUUGAAAAUUCAAAAAAUGCACUUGCACAAGAAACAGCUGAUAUAAAGAAUUUAGAAGAGGCAUUGUCUACCGAUCAAAAUGAAAAAAAUGUGGAAAUACACCAUGAACUAGAUGAUAUUAUAACUGGACUGACUGUCUAUUUGGAAAAUGUGAAAAGUGAAAGUCAAAACUACAAACAAGAAGCUCAAAUGUUGAUCCAAGAAAAGAAUAGCAUGAAAGACAAGAUACAACACAUGGAAAGUGAUAUUGUAAAGCUGGAAAUAGAAACUAAAAACUCAAAGAUAAUGCAGAGGAGACUUGGUGAGUUAGAAGAUUCACUGCAUAGAACAGAAGAAGCAAAAGCAGAUGCAGAACUUAGAAGCAGUAAAAAUCAGGAAUUACAAAAUAGACUUGACAGGGCUGAGAAUGAAGCCAAACAACUAAAACAGAUUAUAAAAGAAAAUCAAAUUAAAAUGGAGGCUGACAGAAAGCUGAUGCAAAACCAACUUAAAAUGGAAAGAGAAAGAGCAGAUAAAAUGACACAGAAAAUUCAAGAUGUUAAGCAACAAAAAUUAGAAACUAAAAAUAUUUUAUCACAGCUAGAGUCCGCCAAGGCACUAAAUGCUGGCUUGAAAGACCAAGUGGAAGAAUUUAAACAGAUACAACAAACAGAGGAGAGUAGCUUCAGACCAAGUGAACUUAAGAGCAAACUAACCAAAUUUACUCAUGAAUUUAAAACCAAUAAGAAUCUCAUCCAGCCAGAGAGUAAAAAUGAUGUCCUAGGAUUGGCUUUCCAAGAAGUUCAAAAACAUGCACAAGAACAGAUGAAUUCUAGCAUAAUGGAAAUAGAAAAAUUAAAGAAAUAUAAUGAAAAAAUUGAAGAAGAGAAUAAAAAACUUGUGAGUGAAUUAAAUCUGCUCAAAAAUAAUUUAGAAAAGGAUAAAAGUAAAAAGAAGGGAGGAAAUCCAGUGUCGAUAGUUUACAGACCAGAUCCAGAGUCAGAGAGUGGUGGAGAUAAAGCGUCCUCACUAAAUUCAGAUGAGAAACAAUUGUUUGAUGAGCUUCAACAAGAAUUACUGGAGUUGAAAAGAUUCAUGAGGCUACAUGAAAGUCAUCUUUCUAAAAAGGUUUUAGAAGCUGAAACUGAAGCUCAUCACUGGAAAGAUGAAAUGAAUCAGAAAGAAAAACAUUUUGAAUCAGAAAUUGAAGAAUAUAGGCAACUGGCAGAGCUAAUGAGGGAAAAGCAGGAAGCCAGAAUUCAAGUAAUAGCUCAAGAUUUAGACCAAGCUCAAUUUGUGGCUGAUGCUUUACAAUCUUUGCUGGAAACUAAAGAAAAAGCACUUAGUGAAGAGUUUAGCACUUCUGGGAUAAAAAACCAGAUGAUAUCUGCUCAAGAGGAAGAGCUGGUCAAACUUUAUGAUAUUCUCGAAAAACAAAGAGAUGAAAUAGAAAAUUUGAAUCAAAUGCUAGAUCAUCUAGCACAACAGGGACCUGAUGGAGUUGGGAUUGGAUUUGAUGAUGAAUUGUGGCAUAUACGUCAAGAAGUGAACAACUUGAAGGAGACCUUAGCUAUGCAGUCUGCUUAUGUUCAGGCUAUGCCCAGUGUUGGUCACAUUGAAGUGCAAACCAAUAGUCAAGAUGCUAGUGAUAACCAUCCUAGAAAUGAAACACAUAUUUUCAUGCCCAGGAACAUAGCAAAAACAAAUGGCACUAGAAAAUUGUCUAGAAGUCAACCUGCCAGUGUAGCUUCUACUCACCACUCCUCUUUGAAACCACAUUCUGGUGCCAGUACCACAACAUAUAGUGGUAGAACAUAUGAUACUUCAAAACAAAUAUAUGCUCCUCUUGGAACAGCAUCAGUACCAUCUUUUUCAUUUCCUCAGAACAUUUCUAUUAAAGACUCACACAAAUAUAUACAAGAACAUCUUGGCACUGAAAGGAAGGAAUCUAAGGAUUGGCAUGUAGCUAAAUCCUCCCUAAACAGACAAAGUACACCAACUGGCAAUCAACCAUCAAACCUGGGUAGACAAAGUACACCAAUUGGCGAUCAACCAUCAAACCUGGGUAGACAAAGUACACCAAUUGGCAAUCAACCAUCAAACCAGGGUAGGCAAAGUAUGCUCACUUUCAGCCAAACGUCCUCCCAUGACAGACAAAAUACACAAGUUGAUAGCCAACCUUUACCACUGAAGCCUCUAGAAAUGGCAUCUCCCAAUGUUCCAGUACUACAAACAGAUGUUAGAAAGGAGUUGACUACUGAAUCACUUGCUUAUCAACCAAUUUUCCAGUCUAAUCUAGCAACACCAGUAACAAUACCUUCUAAUUCAGAAGAUGCAUCUGGCAAUGUUCCAAGUUAUCUACCUGGAGGUCGAACAUUCUCUCCUCAAAAACAAGUUGAUGGAGCACCAUUCAACCAAAGACCAGUCACAUUUAUAACAAAUCAAGCAGAAGUACGUCAUCCACAAAGUCAAGUUGAACCCAGAGAACGGCCCCAGAGUGCUCCAUCCAUUGAUGUGUUUACACAUAAUGAUGUCUAUCCUGAUGAAUAUCCCCAGGCAUUAUUAGUAGGAGGUACAAUGCCAACAAUUCCGUCAGUGUUACUACCGAGUGGCAUGGAUGGACACCAAACAUUACGCACCACAUCAGGCUCUAUUCCUGUACAAGUUGGAGCUGGAGCUUAUCAUCCACAGCAUUUAUUUACUCCGACUCGGCAAACAAGGUCAAGGCCAGUUUUAGGUGAAGCAUCACUAUCACCAUCGCCAGCUGGUAAAAAUCAUGGUGUUGAUCGUACAGUGGUUACAUUAACGCCAUUAGCCUCAGAUACUCCAGCUUUUAGUGAGUCAUCUACUGCUGCUUACAUUGACCAGUCUUCUACUCUAGCACAAGGUCCUGUUAGAUCUUAUCAAAUGGACAAUCAUCCUAAAAGUAUUUUAAAAGAAAGGUCAAUACAUCAAACCAUCCCAGAAGACAGCCAUUUGUUUUGUAAUGUACCAGAACAUCAUGAAUUGGAAGAUUAUAUUGUAGAACUACAAGAAAGAAAAAGACUACUUGAGCUAAGGAUAGAGAAAAAAGAGAAUCAAAGAGACAAUGCCAAAUUUCACAAGGAAAGAAACUCUGUUAAGCAGCUUUUGAAUGAACUAGAGGAUCGUCGUGAAGAGUUAGAAGGCCUUGACCUUGCUAUUGAAAGGCAAACCAAAAGUGUAAGAGAAAUGAAGAGGGAAGAAACAGAUUUAAGGAGGGAAAGAAAAGAAGCACACAGUCAACUCGACUUCUUAAGGAAACACAAUGAUCACAAGAGGCGACACCUGAUAGAAAAACAACAGUUUGAGGAUACAAUAGAAAGAUCAAAAUUACUCUAUUUGAUGGAUGAAUUAAAAUGUGUUGAAAGAUCCUUGGCUAAAAGAAAUGGACAACUUAGAGACACUGAAAGAAAACUGAAAGAAUGUAACAUAGAUUUGAAACAUGCUAAAGAACAGAAAAAAGAAACUUUAAGACAAUAUGAUGUUGUAACAAAUAAUAUGCAUGAGACUCUCAACGAACAACAAGAAAUAGAGAAACGAUCUAAUGAUUUGGCUGUGGAGUUAGUCAAAGCAACUGAACAAUUAACUAAUUUAAAAGCAGACAUCAUGGGUCUUGAGAGAAGAAAGUACAAACAGGAUAAAUUGCUAAGAGAAAUCAAUGAUAUUAUUGCCAAAAAAGAUGGAGAAUUUAACGAACUGGACACUAAAGUGAAGACAGCAUCAGACAAAUUACAAAGACUUCAAGCUGAUUGUCUUAUUAACACUGAACGUGAAAGAGCAAUGGUUCAAAGUCUGCAUGAUAGUGAAGAAGUAUUAACCAAAAGGCGCUCAGAAAUUAAAAAACUAAAAGAUCAGCAAGUCAGAAUUGCAUCAGGAACCACUCAAAAGGUUCAGCAAAGCAAGCAAGAACUUGAAAGAUUGGAUCAGGAAAUAGGCAGGAAAAAGACUGAUCUUCAGAUUCUACAAGAAACUCAUGAAAGGAAAGAACAAGAACUUACUAAUGUUUUACAUGAAGCAGAGUCAGAAAUAGCAUCAAAACACAGAAUGAUUAAAGAUUGUCGUGAUGAUGUAGAGAAUUUAAAUAUUCAAAAACAAGAUUUAAAUGCUCAUAUCAAGACCAAAAAACUGGAGCUACAACAGAUAAAAGAAGAAAUUGAGCAAGAAGAGGAAGUGCUGCAGAGACUGUUCAAUAAUGUCACUAAAAAUAAAGCAGAAUUGAAGCAUACACUAGAAAUGCAAACAAUUGAACAAACUGAGCUGGAAAAUAUAAAAGUGCAACAAGCCCAGAAAUUAUCUGAACUAGAUCGGACUCAGAGAGCUUUACAAGAAGAAAAACAUGAUCUUGAACAACUAACAGCUGAAGCAUCAAGAAAGUCUGCAGAUUUAGAAAGGCUGAAACAAGCUGUAGAAAGAGACCGUUUGGAGGUAGAUCAACUAAACAAUGAAAAACAUACUUUGGAUGAUCGAUUACUUGUUUUGACCAGAGAGAGGGAUAUCUUACAUGAAAAUUGCAAGAGCUUAGAUGAAAACCUAAAGGCCAUGAAAAGGAAUCAAAUAAUCAUGCAAGAAAAAAUCACUUUAGCUAAUAGCAGAACUGAAAUGGUUGAAGCUGAAAUGAGAAUGAAAGAAAGAGAAAUGGAGAAUGUUGAAAGUCAAAAUCAGGCUGUGGAGAAAGAAGUGCAGGCAAUCAAAAUGACUUUAAUUGAAAAGAAACAAGAGUUACAGAUAUUCCAAGAUAAAAUUCAAGAAGCAGAAGACGAACUCAAAGUCAUAGACAGGGAUGUGAGAACCAUGUCUCACCACAGAGAUGAAGCAAAGCUAGAGCUAGAUCAUCUAAAUCAUCAAAUUCAUCUAAGUCAUAUUAAUCUUGAGGAGCACAUGAAACAGGAGAAGACUAAAUACAAUGAGUUACAAGAAUUACUCAGAACACUUGCUGACAGAGAGAAAGAACACCAUGACAUUUGUAUGCAACACGAUGAGCACACCAGCGAGUUGUUCAUAGGAAACUCUAGCCUUCAUUCAAAUAUCCCAUCGAUUGGUAAAAGCGGCAAAGAAAAACGAAAAGAUAUUUUAAACAAAUCAAAGUAUGAAGUUGAAAUGGAAGAGACUCAUUUGAAAAAGAUGGUGAGCAGUUCCAACACAGAGUUAAUGCUAGUGAAAGAUGAAAUCAGAGUUAAAAAUGAAGAGUUAACUUUUUUAAAAAGUGAAUUUUCUCAACUUCAGAGCACUAUGGAUGAAUUGCAAACGAUUAAAGAGAAAUGUACUGAUUUGAAUAAAACGUGUCAAGGAUUAGAAGAAAAUGUGAGAAUGCAAACGAAUGAAACCAGUGAUUUAACGCGAGCUCUUACAGUUUCUAAUCAAGAGAUAGAGGAGCUUCAGGAAGAGAACUCACAAAUUAGAGAGAAAUUAAUAAAAGAGAGAGUAGAAUUUGAGAAUACUUUGAAAGAUCUUCAUGGAAAUCUUGAGUUGACAAAACAGGAAAUUAAAAAUGUUGAACAACGCUCAUCAAAUCAAGUUGCUCAACUUCAGACGCUAGCUGAAAAGCAUUUUAAUCGAGCUAACCUUCUUGAAAGCGAGUUAACUCAAGCCAAGAAAGAGCUUUACUUAGGCAAACAAUCAGACAAUAAGGAGAAUGUAACUGAUGUAUUCGUUGUACCUAGUGAUAGCAAUCAAGUGACAAACAAAUACCAAAAUGAUGAUCAUUUAAUGAAAGAUUCUUUGAGGAAGAGGCUAACAGAAGAACAAGAAUAUUUUAGGUUUCAGUUAAAACAACAAAUUUUGCGCCAUUCUGAAACAAUGGAAUCAGCUAGAAUAAAAUCUGAAGAAACAAUUGAAUGUCUUAGAAAUAAGCUAAAUACAUUACAACAGAUUUUGUUUGAAAGCAACCCAACUAAAAGGCCAUGGUCUGAGGAAGUCAGAAAAGAUCCCUCUUAUCUGAAAAAAAGAAAUAAUCAAAACAUCAACACAAUGACUAGACGAACAAGAUCUUCAGAGAAUAUUUCUUUGGCAGACAUCGACUACCAUUCACACUUUUAGCCCCAAACUAAAGUCAGACUGAACUACAGGUUUUGUCUUUAAAAAGUCAGACUGAACUACAGGUUUUGUCUUUAAAGAUGUUUACAAAUAUUUUUUUUUUGUUAAUAUAGAUGUGAAUCAAAUCAUUUUUUUAAAGAUGUUAAGUACAUUUUCUUUGUUUAUUUAUGAAAUAUGUCAACUACAUUUGUUUGUUUGCUGAAGAUGUUAUCUACAUUUUUUGUUUGUUUGUAAAAGAUGUCAACAACAAGUAGGGAACUGUUCGACUACACUGUAUUUCGUUAAGUCUACGAAUAGCUACUAAAAUAUGUCUUCAUGUCUCUUUUCACUACUCCACAGUCUUCAGAACUGCUGUCUUUAUCUCUGUCUCUAAACUACUGUCUUUAUCUCUGUCUCUAAACUAUUGUCUUUAUCUCUGUCUCUUAACCCUUUUUUUUCAACUGCCUUCACGACACUUACACAAUUCACUAGAGCUAUUAACUUCUACACGCCAGGCUACUACAAAUUGAAAUGUCUCAAAAGUUCAAUGUAGAAUUUUUCAAAUUUCACGUUGAUUUUGAAUUGAAAAUAUAUAUUAUAGUAGUGCCUUAAUUCGUAAUGGAAGAAAACAGUGAGUUGGUUUGAUUAUAACCAGUUUGAAGUACAAAUGAAUUAGGGAAAUAACUAAUUAAUAUGAAUGUCCAAAAACUUUACCUGACUUCAUAUUGUAAUCAAAUAUGAGCUUAUUAAAAUCUGUAUUGAUGUUUGUAUUGGAGAUUUAUUUAGAGGAUCGCGAAUUGAAGAGCUUGACGAUGCCAUUCAGCCAUUCCGUUUUGCACUUGGGAAAUAUUCCUAUUGUAAGUGAUAGGAACCGCACUGGUCAAUAGAAAAGUAAUUUAAUGUAGUCCGUGUUGGCGCUUACAACAAAGUGCACAGUAACAAACAUAUAGGAAAGGUUGUACAAACCCAGACGGCAGAUCGUACUGUCAGUUUCUGAUAGAGGGGGGAAAAGAGAGGUGUUAGCCAACCCAGGCUAAGCCACACGACGCAAUGCACUAUCAAUAGCAGAGUUUUUAAGGAUCAAUGAACGCUCCAGUGGUUCAGAAAGAACCCAUUAUUCUAAGAUGGGUACAUGAGCCCAUCUCUCUUAUUCCCUGCCACCUAUCUCAUGCCCAUACCAACUAGUGAAGCGAAGAAAAAGUUUGGAUUAAAAAGGUUCGCUUAAUUGAAGUCUAGUUUUUACAAAACUUAUAUCACUCUGUCUGUCAGGUAAACAUUUUGUACACGUUAGUUAUUUCUUUCACACCUAAUUUCGAAACAAGCUAAAAUUUAGCAGAAUUAAUUCUUUUACCCGAUUAAAUAAGAAUCAAUAAAAAAAAAUAAACAAUAAGUUAAUUAACUACUUGUCUAUUAGUACUUUAUUAUUUUCUUUGAGAUCGAACAAGAAAAGAAAUUGUACUUCACUGAUGUGUUGAAUAAGUCCCCUUUGUUAUAGGAGGCCGCUUUGAACUUUGAAACAGUGCUUGGUGUAUUGGCCUAAGGAGGCUUGAUCCCUCGAGUUCUAAUGCAGGUCGUUACACUUUAGAAAAAAAAAAAAAAUUUACGAGAUACCUCUUUUCUUCGCCAACCCUUUCCCAUCUGGUUCAGAUAUGUGAUAAGACGAUAGUGUAUUAGAAGCUAAAAGUAUGAAAUUGCGCUAAAUAAAAAUAAUUGUUAAAAAUAUUUAGAGUCGCACAUAUUUAGUACUGUUAGUAUAGAUCUCUAUUACCAUUUUCUUUUACAUGACAUGACUGAUCCGAACUAAUUGAUACAACUACGCUUUAUAUAAGCUUUGUUUUAAAGUAUUUUUGUUUUUAUUUCUGUUAUGCUAUCCCACUUAUACUUAUAAUUAGAGUAUUAUAUGAGUGAAUUCAAGGGCUUCAGAAGCUUAUUAAUUAGUGUAUGUUAGUAUAUUUAAUAUCCCCCAUAUAGAGCCUCAUGUAGCCUGUCCAAUCAUAAUGUAUUUACAUAGCGUUGUGCACGACACAAGAAUGGGAUUAUUAAAAUGUAGGCUAUGUUAACACGGCAGCUAUAGCGAACGAAUGUAUGUAAAAAUGCUUUAGGAACACAAAAUUUGAAGGUUAAUUUGAUUAAAAUAUUAAAUGAAUUUUGUAUGUUCAUGUGUAUAAAGUAGAUCUAUCAUCUUUGAAUUAGAUCUAGAGAACUAUAUUUUGUAUUUUCAUGUGUCAAAGUAAAAAACUAUCUUUGCAAAUUGUAGUUCUUAAAAUUAGAUCUAGAUCCUUUCGAUCUUGUCUCAUGUAAACAUGGCUAUAUGAUCCUAGAUUCAUGAAAUAGUAAUACUUUCAUAGAGUUGGGCAACUUUUUUUUAUCUAUGUUUCUACACAAAUUAUCUUUGUAACCUUGUUUUUUUUAUAUAUUUUAAUAAAACUUUCUAUAUGAAUAAAAUAAUUUACUUAUUUA